CCCAGACGGACGGACGACCGGCUGCGUCGGCCAUGCCCGGGAAGCUGAAGGUGAAGAUCGUGGCCGGCCGCCAUUUGCCGGUGAUGGACCGGGCCAGCGACCUCACCGAUGCCUUCGUGGAGGUGAAGUUUGGGAACACGACGUUUAAAACAGACGUGUAUCACAAGUCCCUCAACCCUCAGUGGAACUCCGAGUGGUUUAAAUUUGAGGUGGACGACGAGGAUUUACAGGAUGAGCCCCUGCAGAUCACGGUCCUUGACCACGACACGUACAGCGCCAACGACGCCAUCGGCAAAGUCUACAUCGAUCUGGACCCCUUGCUGUACAGCGAAGCGGCCACCGUCAUCUCCGGGUGGUUUCCCAUCUACGACACCAUCCACGGUAUCCGUGGAGAAAUCAACGUGGUGGUGAAAGUAGAUCUCUUCAAUGACUUGAACCGCUUUAGACAGUCCUCCUGUGGAGUCAAAUUCUUCUGCACCACAUCCAUCCCCAAGUGUUACCGAGCCGUGAUGAUCCACGGGUUCGUGGAGGAGCUGGUCGUCAACGAAGACCCCGAGUACCAGUGGAUUGAUCGCAUCCGCACCCCCCGGGCCUCCAACGAAGCCCGGCAGAGGCUCAUCUCCUUAAUGUCGGGCGAGCUGCAAAGGAAGAUCGGGCUGAAAGUCCUGGAGAUGCGCGGCAACGCCGUGGUGGGCUACCUGCAGUGCUUCGACCUGGAGGGCGAGUCCGGGCUGGUGGUGCGCGCCAUCGGGACGGCCUGCACCCUGGAGAAGCUGACCCCCGCCGCCGCCGCCGCCCCCUCCCAGCCCGCCUGCAGCUCGCCGGCCCGAGAGGCCAAGGAGCUGGCCUUCAGUGAAGAGCCCAAUCCCAACACUCACUCUUCAGGACCCUCCACCCCUCUGAAAAACCAAACCUAUUCCUUUUCACCUUCCAAGUCCUACAGUCGGCAGUCCUCUUCUUCUGACACAGAUUUGAGUUUGACACCCAAGACCGGAAUGGGCAGCGGCAGCGCCGGGAAGGACGGCGGACCCUUUAAAGCGCUUCUGAGGCAGCAGACUCAGUCGGCCCUGGAGCAGAGGGGAGGGUCACCUCAUAGAUUCUGUAGACAGCGGGAAUUUCCAUUUUUGACUCUGACGGCCUUCCCCCCCGGAUUCCUGGUCCACGUGGGCGGUGUGGUCAGCGCACGCUCCGUGAAGCUCCUGGAUCGCAUCCACAAUCCCGAUGAACCGGAGACGCGGGACGCGUGGUGGGCGGAAAUCCGGCAAGAAAUAAAAUCCCACGCCAAAGCACUGGGCUGUCACGCCGUGGUGGGCUACAGCGAAUCCACCAGCAUUUGCGAGGAGGUCUGCAUCCUGUCCGCCUCGGGCACGGCGGCCGAGCUCAACCCCCGCUUCCUGCAGGACGGCACCGUGGACGGAUGUUGGGAACGAAGGCUCGAGGAAACCUUGUCCUUAACCUGUGGAUUCUGCCACAUCCCGUACGACGAGCUGAACAUGCCGUUCCCCGCCCACCUGACAUAUUGCUCCGGCUGCAGGAAGCAGAAGGUGCCCGACGUCCUGUUCACCACCAUCGACCUCCCAGCCGACGCCACCGUGGUCGGGAAAGGCUGCCUCAUUCAGGCCAGGUUAUGUCGCCUGAAGAAGAAGGCCCAGGCAGAAGCCAACGCGACGGUGAUCAGCAACCUCCUGCCCUUCAUGGAGUACGAAGUGCACACCCAGCUGAUGAACAAGCUGAAGCUGAAGGGCAUGAACGCCCUGUUCGGGCUGAGGGUGCAGAUCACGGUGGGAGAGAACAUGCUCAUGGGCCUGGCGUCGGCAACAGGCGUCUAUCUCACCGCCCUGCCGACGCCCGGCGGGAUUCAGAUCGGCGGGAAGACGCCGAACGACGGCUCCUACGAGCAGCACAUCUCCCACAUGCAGAAGAAGAUCAACGACACGAUCGCCAAGAACAAGGAGCUGUACGAGAUCAAUCCUCCCGAAAUCCCCGAGGAGAUGAUCGGCUCCCCGAUCCCCGAACCACGCCAGCGAUCGAGGCUGCUGAGGUCUCAGUCCGAAAGCUCCGAUGAAGUUGCCGACCUCGAUCUUUCGCACGGGAAAAAGGACGCUUUCGUGUUGGAGAUAGACGACACGGACGCCAUGGACGACGUCCACUCCCUGCUCACAGAUGUCCCCCCGCCAGCAGGCUUUUAUAGCUGUAACACCGAAAUUAUGCCUGGCAUAAAUAACUGGACGUCGGAAAUACAGAUGUUCACCUCGGUUAGAGUAUCCAGGUUAAGCAAUAUUAAUUUGACGAAUCAGACCCUUAACAAGAACUUCAAUGACCUCUGUGAGAAUCUGCUGAAGAGCCUGUAUUUUAAGCUUCGCUCCAUGAUUCCCUGCUGCCUAUGCCAUGUGAAUUUCACGGUAGCUCUUCCUGAAGAUGAAUUAAUCCAGGUCACAGUUACCGCCGUCGCCAUCACGUUCGACAAACAUCAAGCUUUGCAGACUGUUAAAAGUAACACCGACAAAUCACUGCAGACAGCCUCCACAGACAAUGAAGAGCUCCUGCAGUUCCCUUUGGAACUGUGUUCAGAAUCUCAGCCUUUCACACCGGCUAAAGAACCCCUGGAGAGUACCAGCUCGAACUCGGGUAUACCAGCCGCCCACAGAGCAACGUCAGUUGAUUACAGUUCCUUUGCAGACAGAUGCAACAGCUGGAUAGAGCUCAUUAAACUGAAAGCUCAGACCAUAAGGCGCGGAUCAAUUAAGACAACGGCUCCGGCGGAGAGAGGCAGCCCCCCGCCGCCCGACGGCCAGCCCCGACAGCGCUCGGCCCCGGCCUGCCCCACCGCCGCCGUCGGGGUGGUGAAGAUGACGCCCCUCUCCUUCAUCCCCGGGGCGAAGAUCACCAAGUAUCUCGGGAUCAUCAAUAUGUUCUUCAUCCGGGAGACCACUUCGCUGCGGGAGGAAGGCGGCGUCAGCGGAUUCCUCCACGCCUUCAUCGCGGAAGUGUUCGCCAUGGUGCGGGCCCACGUGGCCGCGCUGGGGGGAAACGCCGUGGUCUCCUACAUCAUGAAGCAGUGCGUGUUCAUGGAGAAUCCAAAUAAGAACCAGGCCCAGUGCCUCAUCAACGUCAGCGGGGACGCCGUCAUCUUCGUCCGCGAGUCCGAAUCCGAGCCGGCGCCGGCCUCCGGGUACCAGCCCCCUCCGGUCACCCCGGUCACCCCGGCCACCCCGGCCCCCGCGACCGCCUGAGCCGCCCGCCGGACCGUCCCGGGGCCCACCCCCUCCUCCUCCUCCCGAUCCCACAGCCAUCCUCCCAGACGCACGGCCGGGGCCUCGGGGGGCAGGCGGGCACUCGGACGGGCUCCGGCGGACGGACGGACGACAGAGAGAUGCCCUCGGCCCCUCGAAAUCCAGCCGGGACCCGGCGCGGCGCCGGACCGGGGGCGGGCGACACUCGGCUGGCGGCGAAUCUCAGCCACCGAAGACGACGCCCCGAAAUGAGGGACGGUGAUGGGGGCGGCCUCCAAAUAAGCAAAUCACCAAGCAGGUCAUGUACCAAAUCAGCAGUCGACCAAUAAGUAAAUCACCAAACAGGUGACAUUUGCCGAAUAAAAGAAGACGGGAAGCCAACCAAGAUCAUUUACCAAAUCAGUAACCGACCAAUAAGUAAAUCACCACCCAGGUGACAUUUUCCGAAUAUAAGACGGGAAGCCAACCGAGAUCAUUUACCAAAUCAGUAGUCGACCGAUAAGUAAAUCACCAAACAGGUGACAUUUGCCGAAUAUAAGAAGACGGGAAGCCAACCGAGAUCAUUUACCAAAUCAGUAGUCGACCAAUAAGUAAAUCACCACCCAGGUGACAUUUUCCGAAUAUAAGACGGGAAGCCAACUGAGAUCAUUUACCAAAUCAGUAAUCAACCAGUAAGUAAAUCACCAAACAGGUGACGUUUGCCGAAUAUAAGAAGACGGGAAGCCAACCGAAAUCAUUUACCAAAUCAGUAAUCGACCAAUAAGCAAAUCAUCAAACAGGUGACAUUUACCCGAGUGUAAGACGGGAAGCCAACCGAGAUCAUUUACUAAAAUCAGUAAUCGGCCAAUAAGUAAAUCACCAAAUGGGACAUUUACUGAAUAUAAGACGGGAAGCCAACCAAGAUCAUUUACCAAAUCAGUAAUCGACCAAUAAGUAAAUCACCAAACAGGUGACAUUUACCCAAUAUAAGAUGAUGGGAGGCCAACCGAGAUCAUUUACCAAAUCAGUAAUCGACCAAUAAGUAAAUCACCCAACAGGUGACAUUUACCCAAUAUAAGAAGACGGGAAGCCAACCGAGAUCAUUUACCUAAUCAGUAAUCGACCAAUAAGUAAAUCACCAAACGGGACAUUACCGAAUAUGACGGGAAGCCAACCGAGAUCAUUUACCAAAUCGGUAAUCGACCAAUAAGUAAAUCACCACACAGAUGACAUUUACCCAAUAUAAGAUGGGAAGCCAACCGAGAUCAUUUACCAAAUCGGUAAUCGACCAAUAAGUAAAUCACCACACGGGUGAUAUUUACCGAAUAUAAGACGGGAAGCCAACCGAGAUCAUUUACCAAAUCGGUAAUCGACCAAUAAGUAAAUCACCAAACAGGUGACAUUUACCGAACAUAAGACGCGAAGCCAACCGAGAUCAUUUACCAAGUCGGUAAUCGACCAAUAGGUAAAUCACCACUCGGGUGACAAUUACCGAAUAUAAGACGGGAAGCCAACCGAGAAAUCCCAGCCUGGCUGCCCUGAGGGCAGAGCGUCCAACACUUCGGCGGAGUUCCCUCUCUCCGGUGCGGGAAGCGGGAGAGGCGGACCUGGGAAGCUGGGAAGCCAGACCUGAAAAACUCCUAUUCGACUCAGCAAUCUGGCGACCACUGAAAGAGGAAGCAGUUUCUUUACAAGCCCUUUUUUUUUUAUAUUGUAAAAACGCUUGAUUGUGUAAGAAUUGUUGGGCUGGACUAUCGUGACACAGUCUCUAUACAAGCCUUUCUUUUUAAACGGUAAAAACGCUUGAUUGUGUAAUAGUUGUUGGGCCGGGACUAUCGUGAUGCAGUCUCUAUAUGAGCCUUUUUUUUUUUAACUGUAAAAACGCUUGAUUGUGUAAUAAUUGCUAGGCCGGGACUAUCGUGACGCAGAAGGGAGUUUACCAGAGUCAGUACAUUUCAGUGUAAGCAUCUGUCAUUUUGGAGUGAAUGGAAAUUUCAUUUGGGGCAGUCUCCAGAGAUACAGAUAUUUUGUUCAGGCGGUCCGCGGCUUGCUAAAUUGGAAAGCAAGAUCGGUUUCCUGUAGCAUUCCUUUCUAGCGGCCCAAGUCCAAUUCUGGGAAGAAAAAGAAGUUGGGAGAAAAGAGACGCGGGGAAAAAGAAUGCUUCUAGCCCACCCUUUGACUUCAGUUAAUUAAAAUAAAAAGGAAAGAUUUAGGUAGGUUGUUGAUGGUGAGUUUGGACCGCAUUUCAUGUGGAAUGUAGACUACGAAACUUGAACGUAAAUGUGCUGCAGUGUUGACUUAAGGCAUAGGAAUGAUUUGUUGUUGUCGAUGCCAAAUUCCCAGUGUAAAUGACCACCCCAAGGCACAUUCCUCUUUGCACAAUAAAAUUUCUUUAUCAAACUUCA